AUGGGCGACGGUAAACACUUACCAUCAGGUGAUCCUUCGAAGAAGUUGCCUUUCUCUUCCUCCGAGAGAGAAUUAAUUGUGGCUUUAGUGCGUGAACGGCCUAUCAUUGAAGAUAAACGUACAAAUGCUAAAAAUAUAGAAUUAAAGAAGCAGGCUUGGGAGGAUCUGACUGUGGCCUACAAUUCCCAACCAUACGUCUCACAAAGACACAGUCAGCAAUUAAAAAGAUGCUGGGAGAAUAUAAAAACCCAGAGAAAGAAAGUGCUGUCCCAGGAAUCAACAAGAUUGCUCACAAAUGAUGCUGCUGUAACAUCAAAUGUCAUAUCGCAAAUCGACAAACUUUUUGACUCCUUGAACUGCGACACACCCGACCUGCGACGUGGAAAAUUACAUGUUAAAAAUAUGACGGCGAGAAGUCCACAUGUGGAACUCUUUUCUGAGAUGAAACUGAAACUGAGAUGA